UUGCCACACAGUCGGGCCACCUGGUGAUUAAAUGCACCGCAGCUGUAGCCUUUUGAUACAUUUGAUAGAUGUAUUUAGAAAAUUACAGGCGAUAGCAACCGUAAUUCAAAGUACAGAAAAUAUUCUUCUUCUGCUUAACACAGCCGAUCGGAGCAUGCCGGUGAUUAAACCAAACGCACCGUAACUAGCAUGGGGUAGUGCAUCAACUACUGUAGUUCCAUUUUCUACCAUUCAGUUUUGAGUCCCAAACAAUGCGGCAGUACAGGUUAAUUUGACAUUCUCAGUUGGGGUUAUGGGGUGUCAAAAUCCGUACAAAGUAGUCUUCGGCCCGAGCGAAACUUUAUUUACAAAGCAUGUCUUCGAGAAAGCGUAAACAGUGGUCUAGGGAUUUAAAGUGUGUCUUCUUCCCGGAUGAUAUUGAAUGCGGUGUGAGAGGAGUGAGAAAACAAUCCGCACUUUCGUCAUCGUCUUCAGCCAGGAGCUGGGAAAAAUGCGGUGAGAGUUUUUUGGACUCUCCGCUCAUAAAGGAUGUGAAGACUUCUGGAAGAAAACUGUCUGUAGUAAGAAAGUUGGCGCAUUCACCAGUUUCAGACAACCGCAAUGAGGACACGGUGGACAUUGCGUGGAGCUCCUCCAGCGACAGUGGACAGUCAGACGACGAUGACGACCCCCAACAGCGACGUCCCCAGCCUCAGCUCGCAAGGAGACCUCCGGCCACCUCUCUGUCGCUCCCAAUAGCACCGCACACGCUCAGUACUGAUGAAGACAACCUGGCUGUCAUAGAAACAGACGAGUCAGAGCAGGACGUGGAAAAAGACAGCGGCCAGCAAAUCUCCGACUACGAGUCGCCGUUCCUCGAUGAAGAAACCGAAGACCUCCCAGCUAAGCCUACGGAUUUGGAAAUCUCUGGCUAUGCUUCUGACGGUGAGACUGACGGUGAGACACUGACCACCAGCAGACUAGACGCAGAGAGCCUUCUAGCAGGCAGUGGCGAGGGCAACAAAAGGUCUGUCAGCUACUGGGUCCGAUAUGCUCACGCCAUGCUUCAGACGCCCCAGAAGCCAUUUGACAGGCAGUCCAAGACCCCCGAAGACUCGGCCAAAAAGAAAAGGAAGUUUCAAAGCGGAGGUCUUGCGGAGAGGCUGAAUCGACUUCACAGCAGGCAGAGGUCAGCUGUGAGCUUCUGGAGGCACUGCUCCACCACGGACAACUGGACAGAAGCUGAAGCGGACAGGCCCGGCGUGCUGGUGCUGGAGGUGCUGGAGGUUCAGGAGGAGUGCAGCGCACAACUCGUGCGCUGCCAGCACCACCCGCCGCCCGGUCCCGCCAACCCCCUCCCUGAAGAAAGCGCUCAUGUGAUGGUGUUGCUCUCCAGGGCGACUGCAGCCCAGCUUAGCCCGGCGCCUGCGGACAUCAUCCACAUAUUCCCACCAUGGCAAAGUCUCUCCAUGGAGCGCUUAGGCUGUGAUAUUAUUCUUAACACACACUUCAGCCGGAAAAUCGGCCCCGCGUCCGAAGCGGCCUGUGCGCCGCCGAGAGACCUGUUCGCGGCAAAACGGCUCGUACCGUACCCCCUGUGUCGGACGUUUGGAACGCUGGAGAUUUGCAGGGAUGCUGAGGAAAGUGAUACUGAACAGGUAGCUGCCUGUGAUGCUUCUAUUAGGAGGGUAGCGAGCUCUGCUGUUCUGGCAAGGCAAUGUCAUUCUCUCCUGGAAGUUAUUGAUGGCCUGAGCCAGGCUGGUUCAUUCGACCAGGACGUGGUGGUGGUGGUCCAGAGGGUCUACUCCAUCCCUGCGCCUACUGCAUCCAUCGCUAAUGGCAGACUGCCUCCCAGGUCCUCCUACACUCCUCCUCCAGAGGACGGCAAGCGCAGGCUUUGUGUGCUGGUCCAGGACAGCUUUGGGAUGUUCAGCGUGGUGCAGCUGCACCUGCUGGCCUGCCGGGAUGACUUUCGCCAGUACUGCCGGGCGUGGCGCGGGCUGACCUGCGUGCUCCGAGGCCUUAAGGUGGUGCAGCGUGUCACCCGAGAAAGGCGCUCCAGUCUUUUCAGCUUGAUAGACAGUCUGUGGCCCCCGCUGAGGCCCCCCCUCGAGUGCCAUGGGAACGCACCAAGCAUGCCCAGUAGGCGUCCUCCGAGCUUCUGCUACCUGCUGUCAGGUCAGGAGAACUCCGUUGAACCCGUGCAAGAAGGUCCGAGCGUUUCCCCGCUGUACCUUCCGUCCACAGAGCAAACGUUGCGAGACGUACUGCGGAGUGACCACAAAACAGAUUGCUGUAGUUUUAGUGCCACUGUUAUUUACAAGAGAAUACAGAGGAGCGAUAUAGGUCAAGGUGAGGUUUGGCUGGUGCUGACAGACCAGAGCCUGCAGGACGGCUCGCCUGACAGGCCCUGCAGGCGAACGGUGGCAAUGCAUGUGAAUAACUCCUGUGCGCUCACUUCCUGCGUCCUAAAAGUACUGAAUGACCCCGCUGUGUGCCACUUGUCAUUCACAGAUGCCAUCAAGAAAAACGGUGUCCUGUUGUGCAUGGAACAUUCCAUCAUUGAAGUUGCGGACUCCGCAGUCUCUCGCUUGGCGCACGAGCCCCCGGCCCGACCUGCAAGACUGGAUCCACUCGGUGAAGAGGUCACACCCAACUCGCUGUGCACUCUCACAGGUGUGAUUGUUGGCGUGGAUGAGAGCACGUCUUACUCUUGGCCCGUGUGCAGCCGCUGUGGAAGCCACAAAUUAGAACUAAUACCGCCGUCAGGUUUGAGUUUCAACUGUGUCUCAUGCAAGUCGACGGUGGACAAGCCAAUCACCAAAGUGCAAAUGGAAGUCUUCCUGAGCUCUGCUUCUUUACAAAAUUGCACGCUAAAGGUUAAGCUGCAGCAAAAUACAAUCAUGUCCCUUCUUGACACGGACGUGCUGGAGCGUACAACGGCGUGUCCGGAGUACGCGGUGUCCAGCGUGCUGGGGAAAGAAGUGGGGCCCCUCACGCUUUACGUCCGCGUGGUCACCAUGAGACCUUUGCUGUGGAUCAGCUUGGAAGAAAUCAACCUCUGAGUUGUGGAAGAUUCAACCGGAAGCGAGAGAAGGAUCCUGGCUCACCAUUGGUCCAAAGUUCCCCGCGAAAAGUACGUCACAGGCAGUUUCGCGCCACUGCAGCAAACCCACAGA